AUGAACAGGCCGCCGCCCUGCUGGCCACCUGUUCUCAAGGCCGGCAAGAAGGAACUGGCCGAAAGCCGAAUUCUUGGUGACGCUACAUCGGUCGAACCCGAAUCAUUCUUCGACAGUAUGCUCAAGACUAUCCAGAGGAUUGGUCCCGUGGUCAAGAAGCAUGGACCAAAAGUCAUCGGUUACAGUCUUCCCCUCAUCAUAAAAGGACUGAAAGCGUGCAUCGAUGCAAACUCUGACGAUGAGGAUGAGGAGUCCGCUAAGGUGGCUUCCGAGUCACGAAAGGGAAAGGAGAGGCCGAUAAUCGGUGGAGGUAGUAAAGCCCAACGCUCCGAAGAUAAUGGUGAAGGUCCCUCACGAAGCAACAAGUCGACCAGCAGCUCAAUCGGCAAACCGACAAGCAAACCAACCAGCCGGCUCGUGGAAAGUGAACGGGAUGAAGAAGAAUCCAACCACGGCGGUUACCUCGGCGAGGACUCCAAUGACCCCCCUGCUCCAAAAUCCCGGGUAAGCAUCUAA